UCCAUAGAACAUACCAUUUCCUCUCAUGUUUCAAGCACAUGCUUAACUACAGGUCCCUCAAUCUACAGAGGACCGAAAUUCCUAACUAGAAUCAGCGAUUCACUUCUGCUAGUGUUCACAAACGCGCAACUAUCAGUUUUUUUCCCCAUUCAAGCUCCCGACAUCGGUGAUUGAGCUAGCUAUGGAGAUGGAAUUGUUCACGGAGGCAAUGCUGGAAGAAGAAAGCUGUUCUUUUGAGGAAAAUAAUGACGAUUAUUCGAGUUUGGACGGUGAAAGAUGUGGGAUAUGUAUGGAUGUUGUCAUUGACAGAGGAGUUUUAGACUGCUGUCAGCACUGGUUUUGUUUUACAUGCAUUGACAACUGGGCUACCAUCACAAACUUAUGCCCACUUUGCCAGAGUGAAUUUCAAUUGAUCACUUGUGUGCCUGUUUUUGACACCAUUGGGGGCAGCCAGACUGAUGAGGAUUUAUAUAUCAGAGAUGAUGAUUGGUCCAUUGAGGGGAAGACUAAUACUCUUUCAUUCCCAUCAUACUAUAUCGACGAGAAUGCAGUUGUCUGCUUGGAUGGAGAUGGCUGCAAAGUUCGGGCCGGAUCAGUUACAAAUGAAGGAGAUCUGAAUCUUGAUACGUCAAUUGCUUGUGAUUCGUGUGAUAUAUGGUAUCAUGCCUUUUGUGUUGGAUUUGACACUGAGGACACUUCUGAAAGUUCAUGGCUAUGCCCAAGAUGUGUCGACAAGAUACCCGAAAGUUCAGUAUCUAACAAGAAGUUUGGUCCAGAAAAUGCCAGCAAUAACUGUUUGAUUGAGGCUUCUUUUUCAGGGGAAGUGUCUGUAUCUGUUGCUGAUGCUGGUGAGACGGCUGUUGUCGUCUCGAUUGUUGAGAGGAACAAACAGGGUGAAGUACCAGACAGAAACCUUUCAAACCUAGAUCCUAAAGAGGCUAUAAAUACUGGCAUUUUGAUCCCUGAUUCUGUUCCUGAUACUCCCAAUAUUGAACUGUCCUUGUCACAAAAUGAAUGUCCAGAUACAGCACAGCUUUCUGCCACCCCUGUGGAUGUGAAGCCUGAUGCAUCAACACAGUUAUUUAGUGACGAACUGAUUCAACCAAAUCUUGAUCUUCAUCUUGGAUUGUCAGUGAACUCAUUUUCAGCAUGUAAUGUAGAGACAACAGAUACGAAAGUAGCUGGAGAUCAAGUACUUCAAACUGCCCGACAGAAGAAUGCGUCGGGAUGCCCUCGUCCUGGUGAAAAAGUGAUGCCUGACAAGAAUGAAGACAAAGUUGUGGCUUCCGGUGCAAAAAGAAAGCGCAGGGAAAACAGAAAUGCUGAUGAUGGAGGCAUUAGAGCCAAGGCUGAGUCUGCCUAUUAUUCGAAGAGAGUUAAAGUCGAGGGAAGCAGUGAGCUAAUUAAUACAAAGGACCAACCUCCAGGAUCUGCUUCAGACAACUCUGAUAAAUCUCGAGUAACCAUCUUGAAGGAUGACAAACUGAAAAGUAAACCUGAAAAUAAAAAUCUUAGCACUGACAUAAUGGAUAUAGUUCAAGGAACAGGUCGUAAAACUUUGAAGAAACUUGCACCUAGCAACCAGGAUGGAAUGUCCUCAAAACAAAGAGAAAAUGCAGCUCGCUUGAGGGUUAAAAAGAUCAUGCGGAGAACUGGUGAUGAGGACUCAUCAUUGCUAGUUGAAAAUCUAAGGAAAGAAAUUAGAGAAGCUGUUCGUAACAAGUCUUCUGGGGAUAAAGGGGAAAACCAGCUUGAUCCGAAACUUCUGACUGCUUUUAGAGCUGUUGUGACAGGAUCUACAACUGAAACUAAGAAGUCUUCUGUGGAUCUGAAGGCAAAGAGGUCACUGCUGCAGAAGGGAAAAGUACGUGAAAACCUAACCAAAAAAAUUUAUGGUAUUGGAGGAAGACGACGACGAGCAUGGACUCGCGAUUGUGAAAUAGAAUUUUGGAAACACAGAUGCUCAAAAAUGUCAAAGCCUGAGAAGAUUCAGACAUUGAAGUCAGUUCUUGACGUCCUGAGAGAUGAUUCAAAAACUGUAGAGACAAAGCUUGUGAAUGAAGGGGAGGGAAAGUCUUCCAUUUUAUCAAGGCUUUAUUUAGCAGAUAAUUCGGUUUUUCCAAGAAAGGAGGAUAUCAAGCCUGUUUCGUCCCAUACUCUUGUCGCAGCUGAUCAGAACAAACAAAAUGGAUUGACAUCGAACGCUUCAAUGUCUUUUCCAAGUCCAUUCAACGUAGUUCCACCAGUAAAUGUGGCGUCUGUGAUGGUGGCUUCUCCCAUGGAAAUUAAGGGGGCCAAGAUAAGUGUCCUGAUCACUAAGGCUGAUGCUACCAGGAAUGUACUUUCUAUCAAAGGCGCUGAAAGGCCAUCUGCAUCAACAUCAAGUAGUUCUAAAUUGUGUACCAAGGAGGAAGCAGCUGUAAAAUGUGAUAAUACAAAGAGUGAUAAGAGGAAGUGGGCCCUAGAGGUUCUUGCUAGAAAAACAGCAGCAACAAGCAAGAGUGACGCCCUGGAAAAUGAAGAGGACAGUGCAGUGCUGAAACAUAAUUAUCCUUUGCUAGCUCAGCUACCGAAAGAUAUGCGGCCAGCUUUGGCACCCAGUCGUCUUAAUAAAAUCCCCAUGUCUGUUAGGAUGGCUCAACUUCACCGUCUCACUGAGCACUUCUUAAGGAAAGCAAAUCUGUCAGUUAUGCGCAGAACAGCAGAAACAGAACUGGCAAUUGCAGACGCUGUUAAUAUUGAAAAGGAGGUUGCUGAUAGGUCUAAUAGUAAACUAGUAUAUAUAAACCUCUGCUCACAAGAGCUGCUGCGUAGAUCAGACAAUGCCAGUAAUGUUGUUGUGGGAGAGUCAAAUCCCUGCAAAACUUCAGAAGUUCUAACUAACUCAUCCGAAGAAUUAAGCGAGGUCCAUUCUUCUGAUCCAGCAGUCAAUGAAGCGCUAAGAAAUGCAGGACUUUUGUCUGAUUCACCUCCAAAUAGUCCAACUUGCCCAUUGGAGGAAGUCAAAGAGGAAAUUUGCGUAUCAAAAGAAGUUGAAGAUCACGGGCCCGAGAAUGUGUUUGAAGUAGAUGCUCCUCCAGAACUUGAUAUAUAUGGGGAUUUUGAAUAUAAUUUGGAGGAUGAUGACUUUUCUGGUGCUGGCACUUCAGUGAUCUCUGCGCUGCAGCCAGGAGAAUCUAAAAUGAAAGUUGUCUUCUCCACAAUCAACCCUGUGGGAUAUGAUGGCUCUAUGGAACUUCAAAAUCACGAAAAGCAGGAAAUUCUUGAAGGUCCUGUAGACUCAUCUUUGUUGAUUGGGUGUGAAACAAGUUGUAGAGUUGGAAGCUCAACUGCAGCUGGCAAGACCGAAAAUUGCCUUAGUCAUAGUUCCCUUAUUCAUUCUCAAAAUAGUUCCCUUAUUGAUGAAGAGCUCUCUGGUGUAGACUGUGAAGAGUUGUAUGGACCAGAUAAAGAGCCGCUGAUUGAGAAGUACCCUGAAAUGGCAUCGCUCAAGCUUAAUGAACUGGCUAUGAACAAUGAAGUUCGACAAAGCAAUGGAGUUGAUGAAUCCAAACAGGCUUCAAAGUCCUCGGAGCAGGGAAAUGACAGCAGCUCUACUGCUUCCAAAUGCCCAAACUCACCUAGCCAGCUAGCAAGAAAUGAAAAUCUACAAGUGAACAAGAUAUCAAAAUCCCGUGCUGAAAAGGAAUCAGGCAGCAAUAACUCUGUAUCAACGAAGGUUGAAGCAUAUGUGAAGGAGCACAUCAGGCCACUUUGCAAGAGCGGAGUGAUCUCUGUUGAACAAUACAGAUGGGCUGUGGGCAAAACUACUGAGAAAGUCAUGAAGUAUCACCCAAAGGACAAAAAUGCUAAUUUUCUCAUCAAGGAAGGGGAGAAAAUCAAGAAACUUGCAGAGCAGUACGUUGAGGCAGCUCAACAUGCAACAAAAGACUAAUAAGUAGCUGCCUAGUGAUAGCUACGCAAUGUACAGCUUUCGAAUCCUGCCUUUUCUUUCUGUUCUUUCCAUGGUGCUUCAGUUUUUGUAUUCAUGCCGAAGCUUAGAUAGUUACGCCGGGGACUAGGGUGAUGUAAAUGUAAUUUUGUCCUAGUCUCAAUAUUUAGACAUUUUCUUUAAGAUAUAGACUAAUUUUAAAUGCAGAAUGCUCCAUCAUUUGGAGGGAGCAUACCUUGUAUCUAUGAUUUUAGUUGUAUAAUAAAGAUAAGAAACCAUAGAGAUACCUAAUGGGCAGUGGAAGCUUCACUGCA